AAAUGAGUUUGUUUACACUCUCCAUGGAACCGUUGUCAACGGAAUAAAUUAUUUUAUAAUUUAAGCGUGUUAAGGCUGUUUUGUGUAAACGAAAUCUUAUUCUUGGGUUACUAUAUUAUACAAUUUAAACUCCAAAAUGAGGACUAUCCCUAAGUGGGUAAAUAAGAUUCAUGAAGCCGAUAAAAUAGAAUUUUCGAGUGUUCAUGCAAUAUGCUUUAGUCCGGAUGGCACCCAAUUAAUUGUUGGAGCAGGGGAGAAGGUAAUGGUGUAUGACCCUAGAGAUGGAGCCCUUGUUCAACUUUUACAAGCUCAUAAAGGAGCAGUUCAUGCAGUUGCAUACUGUAAUGAUGGCAAGAAAUUUGCGAGUGGGAGUGCUGAUAAGAAUGUUAUAAUUUGGACAUCUAAAAUGGAGGGUGUUCUUAAAUAUUCGCAUAAUGAGGCAAUUCAAUGCUUAGCUUAUAAUCCAGUGACAUAUCAUUUGGCAUCAUGUGCCAUAUCAGAUUUUGCAUUUUGGUCAGCUGAUGUAAAAGCAGUUCAAAAAUAUAGAGUCAGUGGUCGUAUUACAAGCUGCGCUUGGUCUCCAACAGGACAAUAUUUAGCUAUAGGAUUAGCUAUUGGAAGUGUAUCAAUACGCAACAAGUUAGGUGAAGAAAUACAGAAAAUUACACGAGAUGCUGCUGUGUGGGCUGUCACUUUCUUAAAACAAACCCUUUUAGUAACAGACUGGAAUGAUACUCUAUCUUUUUAUGAUAUUCAAGGUCAACAAGUUUUAAAAGAAAGAAACAUCGAGUUGUCAGCAGUAUCAAUAACAACACUUGGUGCUUUAGUGUUAGUGGGGGGCAUCGGUGGUUGGUCAGUGCUAACUUCUGAAGGAGUUGUAAUAGUCUCCACACCUGUUGAAUGGGUUUGGUGUGUUGCACCUUCACAUUCUCAGAACUCUAUGGCAGUAGCUUGUCAAGAUGGGACUCUGUGGUGCUAUCAAGUAGCUUAUAGUACAGUACAUGGAUUGUACCGCGAACGGUAUGCCUACAGAGAGAACAUGACAGACAUUAUAAUACAACACUUAACCUCGGGAAAUAAAGUUCGGAUUAAGUGUCAUGAUAGAGUGCAGAAAAUAGCCAUCUAUAAACAUCGUUUAGCAGUGCAAUUACCGGAGAGAGUAGUUGUAUAUGAACAAGGAGACUUGGAAGGCAUGCUCUAUAGAGUUAAAGAAAAACUCGAGCAAAAGAAUGAAUGCUCCCUAUUGGUUGCUACCAGUGAGGCUUUACUCAUAUGCCAGGAUACAAAGCUUUCGAUGAUCGGUUCAAAGCUCCCCAAGUCAUGGACAGUUCCAUCUCCCAUUCGUUAUGUCAAAGUAACAACAUUACAACUAGAAGAAGUCUUACUGUUGGGAUUGCUUAACGGGCAAAUAUGGCAAGUGGAACCAGGCAGCGGGAUAGCUAAGGUCAUUCUGCAAAGUCCUGGUAACGUGCGCUGUUUGGACGUGAACGCUUCGCGCAGUCGUUUGGCGGUUGUCGAUGAGGCGUCUGUUUGCCGCGUGUACAGCUUAACGAACGGCGAAUUACUUUAUACGGAAGAGAACAUAACAGCGGUAUCUUGGAAUUCUUGGUGUGAUGAACUCCUUUGUCUCUCGGGCGGUGGUCUGUUGUCUAUAAAAGCAGCUCACUUCGCCGCCGCGACGCAACCUUUAAUCGGUUCAGUUGUAGGAUUCCAGGGAGGCCGAGUAUUUUGCUUACAAGCCAACUCUAUGCAAACUGUAAAUGUGCCGCUUUCUCACGCGGUGCACCAAUAUAUCCAACAAAAAUUAUUCAAUGACGCGUAUGCAGUCGCAUGCUUGGGUGUGACAGCUUUAGAUUGGGAGCGACUCGGCACUGCAGCGUUGGAGGAGUUGUCCUUCGAAGUGGCUCGCAAAGCUUUCCAGCGCAGCGAAAAUAUUACUCACCUCACACUCAUCGAUCAAUUGCAGGAGCGCAUUGAUAAUGGUGAGAAGCAUGCCGUUAUAGCGGGCGAGGUUGUCGCGCACCUAGGGCGAUACACGGAGGCAGCGCGCAUAUUCCACGGUGCGGCAAGGGACGACCGCGCAUUAGCCCUUUAUCUCGAUCUGCGCAUGUUUAAUAAAGCUCAGGAGUACGUGGGUGAAGGUGAUGGUCUAACGAAUCUUGCGCGUCAACGUGCGGAAUGGGCGCAUCGUGUGAACGAACCGCGCGCCGCGGCCGAGAUGUACCUCGCGGCGGGCGACGUACCCAAGGCGGCGAAGCUGCUGGCUGAAAGUGGAAAACGGGAUAUGUUAAUAGAGCUGGCAAGGAAAAUGGAUAAAGGCUCAAGCGAUUCUCUUCGUCAUGUAGCGGAAGCCUUAGCCGCCGUUGGGGAAUAUGGUACCGCCGGUGAUGUUUACCAGAGACUUGGAGAUUUUAAGAAAGUAGCCCAACUGGCCGUUAUAGCAGGCGAGUGGUCAAGAGCGUUCAACCUCGCUCGUGAACACGCCGAAUGCAAACAGGACGUGUACUUGCCGUACGCUCAUCGUAUGGCACAGGAGAAAAAAUUCGUUGAAGCACAGAGAGCGUAUCACAUGGCAGGGGAAAUUACAACUGCGAUGCGCGUCUUCAAUGUACUGGUAGGAAACGCGGUAACCGAAGAGCGCUUCAACGACGCGGGGUACUUGCACCACUUACUCGCAUCUCAGUGUCUCGACUCAGCUGCGGCAGCGGAUAGGGAUCGCGAUAAGUUGCUGCAUCAGUACAAACAAUACGACCGUCUGGCUCGUAUCUACCACGCCUACGACUCCGUGCAUCGCUGCGUGCACGAGCCAUUUUCUCUGUCGCAGCCAGAGACGUUACUCAACGCCGCACGUUACGUCCUAGCGUUGCUCGACGGGGAUCCGCCCUCUGGUGUCUCUAUGUUUUGUUUAUACCUGUGUCUGGCUAAACAAGCUAAAGUUCUCAAUGCGAAUACGCUGGCUCGGCAAAUGUUAGAUAAAAUAUUAGGCCUCCAAGUGCCACCUAAAUUUCAGGAAGGUGUGGAACUGCUGAUGCUGAAGAGUGGCGGUGUGACUGAUACCGGUGGGGAAGAAGACGUUGUCCCGUUGUGCUGGCGAUGUCGCCGUCAUGUACCAGCGCUAGCAAAUCAGUGUCCACGAUGUAGACACAAUUUGGCCUACUCUUUAGCUACACACGAGGUUCUACCACUGGUUCAAUUCGAGCCCGCAGAAGGCAUCUCCGAAGCGGAAGCAAUGGACCUCAUCGAACGCAUGCCCAUACCAGAAGUCGAGAAAAACAACACUGAAGGAGCUGACGUUCUACGUAUAGACCACGACAUCGACUAUUCGGAUCCGUUUAUGGAUAAAGUUGAGGAGGAAGACGAAGGCGUAGUCGAGUGUAGUCGCCUCGCGCUACUCCAACUCAAUCCAGCCUGUGCCGUGGUUGUAAAACGCUCGCCGCUACCACCCCUCUACUACCGCAACAUGCUGCCCGAGCUGCCGGUGGCCACCUGUCCCUCCUGUCAUAACUUGUUCUACAUGGAGGACUACGAAAUACAAGUCGUAACGAAGGGUCACUGUCCAUUCUGUAGACAGCCGCCGGAUGAAUUAAGGAACCUCGAGGAUAGUACAGAAGGCUCGCUGUCGAACGACAACGAAUCACCGACACCCCGCAGCCCCAGCAAUGGAGACGUCACGUGGCGAUAGUCACAUUGAAAUUAUCGAUUCUUACAACUUAAGACAUUUUAUUAAUAUCUCCUAAGCUUUGACUUAUCGUCGAUAUCAAGCGUGGAGAUAAAUAUUUUCAGUAUUGCAUUAUAGUAGCACAAUAUAUAUAUAUGUACCUGGUAAGUAUACAGCACAGUUAUUGCUAACUCAGUGUGUUAUUCUGAAUAAUUCCGGUCAUUAUCGUAUUGUAUAUUCAUUUCCGCAAAGUUUCACCUGUCCUGUAUUUA